GCGCAUCCGGGUGACCACCGCGUGUUUGGCGAGCUUCCUGUGCGCGUGGACGACGGGGUCCCCAUCGCGAAGUCGAGCUUCUACCUCGGCGCCUCCUACUACCAUAAGAACGCGCUGCCGCUAAAGGUUCGCCGUUCGCUCGUGGAGUCAGCGGCGCCAGACCUGUUCCCGAUGCACCGCGCCCGCCAGCUGAAGGAGGAGACCGUUGAUGCGAUCAUCUACGUGGCCGUCCACAAGCAGUCCAAGAUGGUGCUCCACUCCGAGCCGCGCCGCCAGACGCACUUGCGCAACCACCUUGUGGAGUUCAUCGCUGGGGACGUCGCUACCGACUACGGUUACAAGAGCUGCUUUCUCACGAAGAUCGAGCUGCCGCCGCUUGUUCCGAAAGUUCCCCAAGGCCCCAACGAGAGCGGCGAGUCCGCCAUGGGUGGCGACAGCGGCAGCAGCAGCGAUUGA